AACGCUGUCGUCUGUACGCUUAAAAAGCAAAGGAAAAACAUUUUUAUUUUAGUACAUAGUUGUUGUGUAAACGCUACCCUAAUCUUUUUGAGAUAGUGUAGACAGACAGAUAGAAACAAGUCAGUUUUUCAGUUCUGGAGGGUGCUGUCCCAUUGGGUUGCAAAAAAACAAAAAUAAAAAGGCUGGAUUUAAAUGCAGCAGUACUUCUUUAUUACAAAACUCAAAAGAACCAAAAGCAAGCAUACAUAGAUGAGAACAAACAAUGAACUGAUCAAGCAGGGUUUAAAUACACAAGGCAAACUAAUCAACUAACUGAACAACAGGUGCACAUGAUAAUCAAAUCAAAGAGAAACCACAGAAACAAAAUCAAACACAAGAAACUGAACUAAAACAUGCUAAACCCACCCACAACAGACACAGAAUACCCAUUACGGUUGCGUGGCUGUAUGCUUGAUUUAUGCAACAGUUUUAUUUUAGUAUUAUUUAUAGAUUUUUUUAAUAUUUUGAAUUAGCUUUUAUUUUUAAUAUUUUUUAAUUUUUCAUUUAAAUUUUAGUUUAAGUUUUAGGACUUUUGUUAUGUGUUUUUUUUCUUCCAUUUUUAUCAGUUUUUGUUCAUUCUGAUCAUACUUUUUGCACUGAGUGAAGCUGGCAGUCCUGUGAGUGCAGCUGAUGUGAGCUGGGCUCAGAACCGUUUGGCAACUCACAGACACAGAGUGGAAGCUCUCAGGAAGACAAUUGGUGCUCUGGAUACACACAUGGAUGAUGAGGCAGCCUGGCUGGGAAUCACAGACCACAAAGGGGCUCUGAGACAGUCACAACCCGCUGGACAGGGCAUCCGUGGAGCCGAAUCAUGGGAAACUUUGUCUGAUUGUGUAUCUCUGGAUAGAGAUACAGAGACAAACCACAGACAAAAAGGAGUGUCAAUUAAAAACGAGAUUAAAGAUGAAAAAGAUGAAGUGGGUAUGUGCCUUAGUUUAUUACUGUCAAAAAAUAUGAAAUAGUUGGCCCUCACUAAAGCAUUUAAAAUCUUUGGAAGAAAUACAGCAUUUUUUAUUAUUUUAUCAUUUUUUAUUAUUUUAAUAUAUGUAUAUAUAUUUUAGAUAUGGGACUGUGUGUUGCAGAGACAACAUUUAGACUGCAGAUUGACCACACAGAAAAAGGACAAGAGGAGCGAAGUGAUAGCAGUGAGAGCACUGACUCCACCAGCAAGUGGAGUGAGCUGAGUGAGUUGUACAGCCAGCGUCUCCACGGCCACCUUUCUCUGGCCCAGAGCCAGCAGUUCCUGAGGGAAGAGGAGCUGAGGGCACGGCAGUACAGCGCCCUCUUCAGGCUUAGAGAGAAAGCGGUCUUGGAGAAGACCCAAGCUGAGCUUGACUGGUUGGAGCAUUGCAGAAGUCAUAGAACAGUACAAGAUGAUGCACUUGCUUUAGCUGAACUGAAGCAGAAAGAGGAGGAAGUAGUCCACAGACUCCAACAAGAGCAGGUGAUUUUGAGGACGUUUUAA